AUGCACAGGUUAGGUAAUCAGGCAAAAACUGGUCCAAAAACAAAAUUAAACGCAGAAAAUCAGUUAUUUAUGUUUUUAGUGUGGCUAAAAAACGGAUUUACAAUUUUGCACACAUCUUGGUUAUUUAAAAUUUCAAAAUCAACAACAUCUCGUUAUUUAAUAACAUGGACAAACUAUCUAUAUUUUUCUUUGGGAAGUGUACCUAUUUGGCCUUCACGCGAACAAGUUAAUAAGUUUAUGCCAGAAAGCUUUAAGAUGACAUUUCCAUCAACAAGAUGCAUUAUUGAUUGUACUGAACUGUUUUGUCAGGAACCUUCAUCACUGAGACACCAGAGUUCUUUAUUUUCUAGUUAUAAACAUCAUGUAACUUACAAAGGAUUGUUAGGUAUUUCUCCUUCAGGAGCAAUAACUUUUCAAGCAAGUCAAUUUUAUGAUGGAUCUAUUUCUGACAGAAAAAUUGUUGUAAGAUCAGGUUUCCUUAAUAAAGAACUAUGGAACAAAAAUGAUUCAGUUAUGGCUAAUCGUGGGUUUACCAUUUCAGACCAUUUAAACACAAUCAAUGUUAAAUUAAAUAUACCAUCUUUUUUAAAUGGACAACUACAGCUGAAUAAAGAAGAUGCUACAGAAAGUCAAACCAUUGCAUCAUUGAGAAUUCACGUAGAACGUGCUAUUCGUAGGAUUAAAAGGGUAUGCUUUCUUUGCUCUUUACAUUAUUGUCCAAUACUUGUGGUAAAAAAUAGUUAA